AAAGAGUGUUGUUGUAAUAGGACUGCAAUGGUGAGUCAGAGCCGGUAUAGUAUGGACGGAGUGGGUUAGGUGCAUUAGCAUUAGGUGCACCGCUGGGUGGUGGGAAGUUGUAAUGUGAGGACAUGAAUUACUGAUGUGGGUUCUUUUAUCCUUGGGAGUGAUCAAAGAUUUACAGGUCGUUUCCUGGGAUGGUUGGAGGUUGGGGAGGAAUAAUUAUUUCGCAUGAGAGGCACGGAGGAAUCAGAUUACACGCGCAACCCCAAAAAUGGAAAUUUGCUGGUGAGAUCAACUUUGCUCGUACCAUUUUUGAGCUUCCUUUCCUUUCCCUCCCUUCUUUCUUACAUUUCUUCAUUCCGCAUGUUGAAUGUUUGUCAUGAGCAUACCAUGCACUAGGCUUAUAUUAAGGAUCGCUACUGGGAUAAAUUAUCCAGCCCUUGGUCUACAGCGAUACCCAGCUGUAGUAUUGAUUCCAAGGCAGUAUUCAACUGAUACAGGAGCUGUCAAACAUACUAAGGCAAAGCAUGUGGCCAUAAAGCGAAAGCAUGGGCAUGACGCAUUUCAAUUUCAUCGGACACAGAAGCAGGUCACCACUACAAAUGAUCGGAUGAAGGCAGAUCGCGGCUCUCUAUCUAAAAGUAUCAACAAUAUCACAACCUCACAAAAAAAAUGGCCUACCAGCUUUAAUGUGAUAUCCGAAAAUGAGCGGAUCGAGGGUUUGGAUAAGGAGGCAGUUCAAGGAUUGUUUGUACAAAGGACCAAUACAUAUACUUUAACUACCAAAGCUUUCUCCAUUAAAGCCGGUCGCAUGCCCUUCAGGGAGCCACCACCUGUCAACAUUCCACUAUUUGUUCAAAAGGCUAUAGAUGAACACGAUAAGGCCAUGAAACGCUACUAUAAAGAAUUACAAGGACUCAAGGAAAAGGCAUUAAACCAAGGCCAAGAUGAACCAUUAAAUCAAAUGCCCGGGCUUCCUCCUCUUCCAACACCACAUCCAUUUAUCUUACAAUAUCAGCUUCGUAAUCUCCGCAAGUAUCCUCCAACAAUUCAUGCACCUCACCCACCAUUCCGUGUCACCUAUGUUACCUCCAAAAAGACCAUAUCCAAAUCGUCUGUCCACCGGAAUUUUGCGAGAAAAAAAUUGGCCGCUGCUGUCGAAACGGUCUUUCGAGAUCAUGCUCGACCAGGUUAUGAGUUUAUGAUUUUCGCAAAGCCAGAUUGCAUCACUACCCCACAAGCAGAGCUGGUCGACCUUAUGAUCAAAGCAGUGCGUGAUCCUAUCUUGUAUGGGGAAAAGUCCUCAAGGAGAAAACUUCCAGCUGCUGCUCAUCUCCAAAAUAAUGAUCAGAAAGGAGACAUCAAUAACAGUUGCAGGGAUAAGAGAAGGACACCUCCUUUGAGCGCAGACAAUAUCGAUCAAAUUCAGCCUCAGAAUACUAAAAGUCUAGGAAGUGUUCAUAGCCAACGAAAGUUCCCGAAUGAACAUCAAAUCGUGACGAUACGAUGGAAGAAUAAUCGACCGCCGCUGUAUAGAAGGUGGUGGAAGCAUGCCAUGCCCAACCCUUUAGGUCGCACUCAACAAAGUGAUGCCUAUCUAGACAGACUCUGUCGUAAAGAAUCAAAUCUCCCAGGUUCAACUUUAGAAGAGAAUAGUGUGCUGCCAAUCAAUCAAAAGAUAAAGACAAAAUAAGAAACGAU